UCCGGUAAAAUUGGCCAACAGUUUCAUCCCAGUGCAGCGGAGAUGAGCGAGAACGAGAGUUUCGACUCGGACGAGAGCAAUCGGCUUAGGACACCACUUGACCGAGGUCCAUACUUCGAUCUGUCCUCUUCGAAGAACAUUACGGCGCUCGUCGGCAAGACGGCGUACCUCAAUUGUCGCGUCAAAAAUCUGGGCAACAAAACGGUUUCCUGGGUACGGCACCGAGACAUACAUCUAUUGACCGUCGGUAGAUUCACCUACACAUCCGACCAACGGUUCCAGGCUCUACAUAAUCCCGUGCACGAUAACUGGUCGCUUCAGAUUCGAUAUCCUCAGAAGCGAGAUACGGGAAUGUACGAGUGCCAGAUCUCGACGACGCCCCCGGUCGGCCAUUCGAUGUAUCUCUCCGUUGUCGAGCCCAUCACUACGAUUAUAGGCAUACCGGACUUGUACAUCAACACCGGUUCAACUGUAAAUCUUACCUGCAUAGUACGGAACUCACCCGAACCCCCCUCAACCAUCAUGUGGACGCACAACAAUCAUGAGAUCAACUACGACUCGCCACGGGGUGGUGUCUCCGUCAUCACGGAAAAGGGAGAGACAACCACCUCCUAUCUGCUCAUUCAGCGUGCUUGGACAACUGACACCGGCAAGUACGUCUGCUCACCAUCGAACGCGGAUCCCGCGACGAUCAAUGUACACAUCUUGAAUGGUGAACAUCCUGCUGCCAUGCAGCAUGGAGGCCAGUUGCGGAUAGGUGACCCCAUAAAUGUGUUCUGUCUCUUCUUAAUCAACUUUUUGCUCGGAUACCGAUGAAAAUGAAUCCAACUGAUCUCUUCAUAGCAUCACAGCAUCGGACGAAAUCGUUAAACACAUCAAAGAGUGACAGUGCCAUAUUGCGCUAAUUAAAUCAUACGACAAAUGAUGAUGACCAAUAAUGAGUGAGUGCAUGUGACUGUAUGUUUUGCGUGAACGUGUGAAAGUGUGUGUGAUUGUGUAUGCUUUAACAUGUGAUAGAAUAAUUCAAUUUACACUGACAACAUUGACUUUGAC